UCUUGGCCUCUCUCUGCUCGGGCCGAGUUAAGAACCUCAACCCCUCGUACUGGAUUUUGGAUUUAACACAUCAAGUGAUCACUCGCGAAAGCUGUAUUUCAUAUUUUUCUCAAAAAAAACUUGGUGAGCACUAACGUGUUGUACUCAUCGGUCGAUAACACGACUGCAAUAGAGGACUCUUGUUUUUUUAGCCAGCCAUGGAGCUCAAGAUUGUCAUCCUUUCCUUGUGUUUGGUGCUAGUUCGGGGCCAAUGGAGGCAGCGGCCCCAGCAGCCCCAACUACCCCAGCGCCCCCAGGGACCUCAGCGACCCCAGCAACCCAUCCCUGGAUACCCGAGGGGCCCGAUGGGUCCGGCAAGACCGGUAGACCCCUUCGCCCCGUUCGCACCGUUCGCCCCACCGGUCCAACCCGUUCAACCGAGGACAACCUGUUGCGAUAGAAACCUAUACGGAGGACACACGGGCACCACCCCUCUCCCGAUGCCUAAGCACUGCCUGGAUAUCCGUGAGUUCGGUGGAGUACGUAGUGGAGUCUAUACCAUCUAUGUUUCAUCGGUCAACGAGUGUGGGAAGAGGGAUGUUUACUGCGACCAGACACGAGAUGGUGGCGGAUGGACGGUCAUCCAGCGGCGUAUCGACGGCCGACUCAACUUCCUCCGCGACUGGGAGGAGUACAAGAACGGUUUCGGUUUCCUCGAGGGGGAGUUCUGGCUCGGCAACGAAUGGAUUCGCAAGCUCGCCAUGCAGGGACCGCACGAACUACGGGUCGAUCUCGGUGACUUCCAGCAGCAGGAGAGAUUCGCACGGUACAGGGUCUUCUCGAUCAGCGACGAGAGGAGCAACUAUACGCUGAGAGUGGAGCGCUACGAUCCCCAGUCGAAUUCAGUUGUGGGGAGGGACUAUGAUUAUAUUACCCCCUUGGAUGGCUUCCCAGAGUCUGGCUUUGAAGGUUUCAACUGCGUCGCAGGCAAAGAUGCUGGGGGGAAGUAA